AUGGGACGAAGAAAGGGUGGUAAAAGGUAAACUCGAUGCAUAUUUAGUUGUAGUUUCUAUAUUUUUAAAGCAUUUUCUGCUUUUUUUAGACAGCAACGUCAUAGCGGCCCUGCUGAAAAUGAAAGGGAUAACGACGAUGUCUUUGAUGAGGUAGACACUUUUCACAAUGAAAGAAGCAAAGAUUUGGGAAUAUCAAAAAAGACGUGGAAGGAUAAAGAAGUAGAGGUUUUGAGUGUGCUUCCUGAUGGCUUGGACGAUUUAUACGACGAAGACGACUUGGAUAAGCCGGCUGAAGAUCCGUUGCUAAAGACAAAGAGUAAGUGAAUAAGUUGUCUUCAGUCUUUUGUUUUAGUUGCUUCGGCCAAUCAAUGGGGGAAGAAUCGGAGAGAAUAUUAUGUGAAUAAUAAGACCAGAACAAAGGAGGAUGGAUAUCUGAACGAUGAAGAGCAGGAGAUAUUAGACUUAGAGGAAGAGGAUGCUACUGAGCGUCAGAAGAAGUUGGACGGGAAAAAUGCAGUUCUGAAUUUUGAUCAAUUCUUUGAGGACGAUGAUGAUGAGGUGGAAGAAAAGAAGCCCUUCCAAAACAUGACUUUAAGGGAGAGAAUGAAAUUAGCAGCGACAGAAAGGCGGAAAGAAGAAGAAGCCAAAGCACAGAAAAUAGCGAGUGUAAUUGAAACGCAAAAGAAGGUUGAGCAUGAAGUUAAUGAAGAAGACGACGAAGAGAAAGAAGUAUUCGUUGAAGGAUGGGACGAUUAUGAAAAUGGUGCAGAGCAAGAAGUGGAGAAGAGGGGAAUUAAUUAUCAGGUUUGUCUCUGCUGCUGAUACUUAUAUAUUUAGAUUGAGAAAAACAAAGGAUUAAUACAGAAGAGGAAGAAAGGAACAGAACAUUCGAGGAUCAAGAGACGACUGCAAUAUAAGAAGGCCCUUGUUAGAAGAAGAUCUCAGAUUCCAGAUGUCAAAAGAGAGUUGCAGAAAUACACGGGAGAAGCCCGUGGAAUCAGGGCAUCGACGGUUAAAUCGAUUAAGAUUAAGGCUUGA